AUGGCCAAGCCCAAGGCUGCUUCAUCGUCGGCGUCGCCCUCGCCCUCGGCGGCUGCGUCGCGGCGUUCGGGCCGCGCCUGCAAAGCCCGGUCGCUGGCCUGCCGCGAGUGUCGCGAUCGCAAGAUUCGCUGCGACGGCGGCCGGCCCGCCUGCGACUCGUGCUGCCGUCGCGGCUUGAGCGCCGGCCAGUGCGUGUAUCCCGAGAUCGAGCACGAGGGCUCCAUUGCCUCUUCGAGAAGCUAUAUCCGUGUUUUACAAAAGCGUGUUCAGGAACUCGAAGCCAGAGAACAGCAGUUGACACUCGCGGCUCGCAACCAUGCGUUGUCCGGCUCGUCGCCCGCACAAGACGACGCCUGGGCGAGGCCCUUUGGGUCUCCAGGUCCAAUUCCUUUGCAACCAAAGCCCGCGCAACCCGCGGAGCACGUUAUUCCUCCCAUUCAGACGACCGAGAUGCAUGCCUUUCCAAGCGGAAGCGGCUCCGUCUCCAUGGUCCAGGAGCCGUCCAACUACUACGCGCAGCACCCAGCUCAGAUGGGUACGAGCCCGCCCCUGACCGACGACCUGGAGGAUGUCUCCCCUAUCAAGUCAUCAUUCGGCUCUUACUCGACCAACGUCAAGGCCGCCCUCAUGCUUGAGAAGAUUGCGCUUCCGCCGCCGGAGCUCAUGGACGACCUGCUGGGCGAGUACUUCGACCUGGACUGGAUCACGAUGCCGGUAGUCCACCGACAAUCCUUCAUCCACAGAUAUCACCGUCUGAUCGCCGUUGCGAACUCGAGAUAUCGUCGGGACAUUCCCCUCGCGGAGGCGACCGAGCUGGCAACAACCUUUUGCAUGCUCCUCGGGAUGCUUGCCGUCGGACAGCUUUCGAAACCCGGCAACGGAAAUCCCACGACGACCGAGGCUUCGGCGGCGACCGAGUUCCACGAACAGGCGAGAGCACUGCUUUUUGCUGAUCUCAUCUCGGCCCCGUCUCUCCCCGUCGUCCAGGCCUUGAUUAUCCACGCCCGCUUCUUGCGCCGGAGCGGCUCGUUCCAGGAGAGCUGGGUCAUGACCGGCCUGGCACACCGGCUCGCUGAGGGCCUCUUGCUGCAUCUCGACUUGCCAGUCAGGUCGUUGGCUGAACGCGAGGAGCGGAGGAGGACGUGGUGUUCUUGCGUGCUUUUGAUCCGUAUGCAAAGUGUCGCCCAUGGCGGUAGAUCGACAACCACUAGCCCCAGCUUCGGAAUCCUGCCUGCGGAAGUCGACGACGAGCAGCUGGAGAGCCACCCCAACAACAUGGAGAGAAGCCAAUCACCGGAUGUCCCGUCAUGGAUAUCCUUCUUCGUCCAGACGCUGAAGCUGUCCGAUACCGUGCUGCAGCCCAUCCAGCAAUUCUAUUUUGAUAACCAGACCCAAGACAACAAGGACUGGGUGGCCGACAUUCUCAACACCACGCUGCAGCUCGACGAACAGCUCCAGGAUUGGCACAACUCACUGCCAAGACACCUGCACAUCGAUUUGGCUUGUUCCCAAGGACAGACGGGCCAACGACGCCAGGCUCUUCUUCUGCACAUGCGAUACCUUGAAACGAAGGCGCUCCUGUCUCGAGCAGCCAUCAUGAAGCUCGUGCAAAGUCACCCUGAUAAGCCGCUCGCAUCCAUGUCGAAGUCUUUGCUUGGAGGAGUUAUCGAUGCCUGCUGCACCGCGAGCACCGAGUUGAUGGAUCUCCUGAGUCGCGAGAGGGAGCUUACGUUGCUGGCUGGGAUCCCCAGCAGUCAUAUUGUUAUCUCCCUCUCCAUUGCUGGAAUGACGCUCAGCAUGCUCCUGAAAACGCCAGUCUUCAGCGAACUCAUCCGAAACCCGACCAUCUACGCUGACGAUACUCGACGGUGCCUGUCUCUUUCCAAGCAGUUUUACACCUGCCGCCACCAAAUGGCCGAGAAGUACAUCCAAGCCUUCGAGGCUUCGGUGCAGCCCCAGCCCCGGCUCGCAGCGUCUCCUGGUUUGGUGGACCCGGCGCUUGAGGCCAAGACUCUGCCAACCCCGUCCGGCGACAGGGGCGAGCCAACGAACAAUGCCUCGGAGGCGGGCAGCAUGGAGAUGGCGAUGCUGGAUGCCUGGUAUUUGGGCCGGCCCGAUUUGCUCUCGAGCGUUGGUGGGUUCUCUAUCAGUGAGAUCGUGUCACUAUGGUGA